GGGCUAAAAAUCUUUCUGUCGAUCGCCUUAGGUGUUCGUCGUCUUAGUUUGAAGGGACAAGUAAAAAAAUUGGAUUUUUCAGUAGUGAGAAGAGGGCCCAAAGCUCCAGAAUCUGUGGCGUUUAUGCGGAGCUCAACGGUCUGAGCCUCUCUUCUUCCCCUCUGCUCGUCUUUGCCGCUUCAUUUCUCUGCUUCUGUAAAUCUUGUUUUUCUUCUCUCAAAGUCUCACCGUAACGCAUUUAUCCCUCUGCAUACUAUUUUUCUAUCUCAUAUUUGUCAAUGAAGUCAGUUUUGCAAUUGGGGUUUAGGAGUUUCCUUCAUCCCUCCAGCCUUGCAGUGAAUCAGAGUAGGUUGAGAGUUGCAACAUUGAUACCUAAUAUGCAAAGGAAUGUAAUGGCUUCGAAUCAAUCCUCUAUAACAUUAUCCACACAGAAUUCAGAGCCUGGCGGGACAAGGAGAGAUACAAGUCUGGAAAAUGACUGUAAAGUGGACAUUCAAAGUUUUAAGGAUGACCCAUCGAGAAUUGAGGCUAUGACGGUUCAAGAACUGAGAAUGACAUUGAGAAGCGUAGGUCUUCUGGCCAAAGGGCGUAAGCAUGAACUUGUAACUGCACUGCAAUGCUUUGUGGAGAAUAAAACAGUGGUAGAAGAUCAUAGAGCACAACAGACAGAGAGAAGUUCUAAUGUAUCACCUCUUGAAGGUGAAAUUGUGAAAGCUGAAACAAAAAUCUUAACACCAAAGAAGAGGCAGUCAGCUGAAUCCAAUGAGGUUUCAAGUGGUCCAACAAGCAGUAACCCAUCUAGAAGAAAGAGAAAAGGAUCCUCAGAAGUUGUUUCCAACAUUGUAAAGCAAGAGGAUGGAGUAGAGGUGAUGCAAAAUGAACCAUGGACUAUUCUUGCUCAUAAGAAGCCUCAAAAAGGUUGGAUCCCAUAUAACCCUAAAAUCAUGAGGCCUACACCUCUUUCCAAGGAUACAAAAUCUGUGAAAAUUUUAUCUUGGAAUGUCAAUGGGUUAAGAGCAUUACUUAAGGGAUUUUCAGCUGUGGAACUUGCUGAAAGGGAAGAUUUUGAUAUAUUGUGCUUACAGGAGACCAAAUUGCAGGAAAAGGACAUACUAGACAUUAAAAAGUCUCUCGUUGAUGGAUAUCAUUAUACCUACUGGACGUGCAGUGUUUCUAAACUUGGUUAUUCUGGAACAGCAAUCAUAUCCCGGAUACAGCCAAUUUCAGUCAGAUAUGGUGUAGGCAUAUCAGAACAUGAUGGUGAAGGGCGGGUUGUGACGGUGGAGUUUGAUUCAUUUUUUUUAUUAAAUGUUUAUGUUCCUAAUUCUGGAGACGGCUUAAAGAGACUGUCAUACAGGAUUGCCCAGUGGGAUCCAUCUCUCAGUAAUUAUAUGAAGGAGUUGGAAAAGUUGAAGCCCGUGAUUUUGACCGGUGAUCUAAACUGUGCUCAUCAAGAGAUAGACAUCUAUAAUCCUGCUGGAAACCGAAAAAGUGCUGGUUUCACCAACGAAGAAAGGCAAUCAUUCGCGACCAACUUUCUGGAAAAGGGGUUUGUUGAUACAUUUAGACAAAAACAUCCUGAUAUCAUUGGCUAUACCUAUUGGGGUUAUCGUCAUGGUGGACGGAAAACAAACAAAGGAUGGCGGCUCGACUAUUUUCUUGUAUCAGAAACGAUGGCAGAGAAGGUGCAUGACUCUUACAUACUCCCCGAUGUUGGGGGUAGCGAUCACUGUCCCAUUGGCCUUGUUCUCAAGCUGUAGCCUUCCUUUUGUUCUAUUUUGUUUGGCUUUACAAUCACCUUUCCAUUUUCAUUUUGAACACUUAUCCUUUCAUGUUAAUACCCAACUCCUAACCUCCAAUUUUGUGAACUCAUUUAAAGCAAGGGCUCAUUUUGGCAAUGAAUAGACUUUCUGUUUUCUUUCGUUCC